AUGGCUACCUUUAAAAAACUUGUUUGGAUUGUUUUGAUCAUGAUAAUCUGUCUCUUUGCUUUAUCUGACGCGAUACCCGCUCCCUCUUCAUCCUUUCAACCGAAUGGCAACGUCGGGUAUUUCGGUGCCGACACCGGCAUAGGCCCCAGCGAAGACAACAAAAAGUAUGGCCGUUACUGUCGAUCUCUAUGUCAUCCUCUCGGAGUCAGUAGUAGGGGUUUUUAUUGUAAGGCGUGCUGGUGUCCUAAUGGUAAUGUGUGUGAUGAUGAGCCACCACCAAAAUUAAGUUACAUUCCAGGACUGAAAUAA